AAGAUUUAAUCCAUUGUCAAUAUCUUAUACAACAUAAUCAUGUUCUAAUCAAUGAUUUAAUGAAUUUGAUUAAUUUAACUUAUUGUGGGACCCUAAAUAUGAUAUUUUCUCCAACUAGGACAACCUAAGCCACAAAAGCACCAUCACAUAUCCUUCAAAAAUAUCCACUUCAUCUUCCAGGUGGACCAAUCACAAAACAGAAACCAGUCUCUAUAGCCAAUAACAAUCUAAAUUCAGAUUUGCCUAUAUCUCAAACACCCUCCUUAUACAUUCCACAAUUACACCAUUUUUUUUUCAUUCUCAUAUCCAAACUUUUUUUGUACAUCUUUUAAUUACCAAAAAAAGAGGAAGAAGAUAUGGCUUCUAAUACAUUGAUGAGUUGUGGAAUUCCAGCUGUUUGCCCCUCUUUCCUAUCUUCUACCAAGUCCAAAUUCGCCGCCGCGAUGCCGGUGUCCGUUGGAGCUACUAACUCCAUGUCUCGGUUCUCCAUGUCAGCUGAUUGGAUGCCCGGGCAGCCCCGUCCAUCUUACCUCGACGGCUCAGCCCCCGGAGAUUUUGGAUUUGAUCCACUUGGUUUAGGAGAAGUACCUGCAAAUUUGGAAAGAUACAAAGAAUCUGAACUUAUUCAUUGCAGAUGGGCUAUGCUUGCUGUUCCCGGAAUCAUAGUACCAGAGGCCUUGGGCUUGGGUAAUUGGGUCAAGGCCCAAGAAUGGGCAGCCAUUCCUGGUGGACAAGCUACAUAUUUGGGCCAGCCUGUUCCAUGGGGAACACUUCCUACUAUUUUGGCUAUUGAAUUUCUAGCCAUAGCUUUUGUAGAACACCAAAGGAGUAUGGAAAAAGAUUCAGAAAAGAAGAAGUACCCUGGUGGGGCUUUUGACCCAUUGGGCUACUCUAAAGACCCUGCUAAAUUUGAAGAACUCAAAGUCAAGGAAAUCAAGAAUGGUCGUCUUGCAUUGUUGGCAUUUGUGGGAUUUUGUGUACAACAAUCAGCAUAUCCAGGAACAGGACCAUUGGAGAACUUGGCAACUCACUUGGCUGACCCAUGGCACAACAACAUUGGGGAUGUUAUUAUCCCUAAAGGCAUUUUCCCUAAUUAAAUUGUACUAUUUAUCAUAUAGUAUAUUAGCCAAAAACACCUUGUAAAACUCUCCCAUGUACUAAUAGAUUUCUAAUGGAAUGGACUUUUUGUGUAUCCUUAGUCUA